AUGAUUCCAUCGUCGUCUGCGAAGCGGGACAACAGCGACAGCCCUAGCCCGGGCAGACAGGAAACAUCCCCUGGUUUCCGACAUCCCCAGCCCGAUCGCAGCAGCAGCACCACCAGCUCAGCCCAUCCCAGCAAGAGGAGGAGAGUCGCGUUGGCCUGCAGCACGUGUCGCAAUCGCAAGUCACGUUGCGAUGGCAGCCGUCCCAAGUGUUCGUUGUGCAGCGAGCUGGGGUGCGAUUGUGUCUAUCAGCAGGUCGGGUCUUCGUCUAACCUGACCGUCGGGAAAGAUUACGUCGCGCAAUUGGAACAUCGAAUCGAGAGCAUCGAGGAAUUCAUCCGACCCUUGCGCCAGGCUCGCGCCGCCAAUGAGCCUGACAAGGCUUAUUCCGUGCAAAAUGGGGCAAGCUACACGCCAGAUGACACCAGCCACUGUACGAGGGAAAGUGAUUCCGUCGCGCAUGUCACCUCCCAAUCGGUCAAUCCUAAUGCAGGUGAGAUGGGGGAGGUGGAUGUUUCUGAGAACUCGAUAGAUGGCAUGGGUGCGAUCAAGUUCACCGAUGAGGAAGACUGCGGUUUCUUUGGCCCAUCUUCCAAUAUCGCUUUCAUGCGUCACAUCUCACGGGCCAUAGCUCGAGGGAACACGAGGAAUCCCUAUGGCCCUGCACUAUCGCCCUACGACAGAUUCGGCGGCGGCAUGAUGAGCGUCUCACGCGCGCAACCAACGACGGACAAUCUCGGCAGAAGACGCAGCGGCAACGCUGCCGAGGGAGUGAAUAUCUACGCCUUACCCCCCGAGGCCCGCACGUGGAAUCUGAUCAGGAAAUAUUUCCUGAAGACCGGGCAGCUGUUGCCGUUCAUUCACGAGCAAUCAUUCUGUGAGACGUACUUUCAGAUGAAGAGAGAUAAUUUUACCAAAGUCCGCAGGACGUGGCUUGGCCUGCUGAAUAUCAUCUUGGCCAUAGCGACGAGUCUUUCCACGGAAGGCGACCUGCCGGCUGAGAAGAGGAUCGAGGAGUCAGACAUCUAUUACCAGAGAGCCAAUGGACUCUGUGAUAGGGAAUCCCGACGGAAUACGAGUCUUGAGAUGGUACAAUACCUCCUUAUAUUAGGACAGUAUCUGCAAGGAACGCAGAAAUCGGUACAAGCGUGGACCACCCAUGGACUCGCGGUUAUCGCUGCCUUUCAGCUUGGUCUUCAUUCUCCGGAUGCCAAUCAGGGCUUCUCCUCGCUGGAACGAGAGAUAAGGAAGCGGACCUGGUUUGGCUGUAUUAUGCUUGAUCGAACUCUUAGUAUGACAUUUGGUCGACCCUGCAUGAUCCCCGAAUCCUACGUCAAGUUGGGUAUGCCAGUCAAGGAUAUGCAAAUGCUGGGCCCUACACUGCAGAUCGAACCAGGUCCGCAGAGAGACGCCUAUUUCUUCACUGCUGCCAUAAAACUUUACGUCGUCAUGUAUAACGUCAUUGACAAAUGCUACGGACAGAACUUGGGAUUCGAGCAUGCUCCGACAACCGUUCAUGUGGUAUCUCAAGUUCUCGAAGGCGAGCAUCAAUUGGAAGAGUGGCGAAUACAGCUACUGCCCACGUUAGGACUGAAAAUCUCACACAAGCCGUUCACGCCAGAAGAUGCCGAAAGGAUGGAUCCAAACAACGUCAUCGCGGAGCGAUUCAACAUUGUCUUGUUGCUGCGCUAUCACAACCUCCGCAUUCUGCUCCACCGGAAGUUCCUGGAGAAAUUCCUCGACGCCUACGGAGCAAGCGACAGCGGAAACGAGGAGAAGAAACUCCUACAACAGGUAGGAAUCAGCAGCGUGCACAACUGCGUUGAAUCCGCUAUCAUGAUAAUAUCGACCGUUCAUACCCUCGCGUCAUCACCAGGAUGGAAGAGGGAACUGUUAGGAGCGUGGAACUAUUCUCUAUACUACACAUUCAAUGCCGGACUCGUCAUCUUCGGAGCGCUACUCGUCUCCUCCAAAGAAAGUAUCCACGACCCGUCUCAAUGGAGCAUCGUCGACCGAGCUCGCCCUUAUCUAGACAUAGCUGUCGAUGCGCUGAAGCGGCUCGACAGCGGAAACCGCGUCAUCGAGCGCUGCGUCGAAUACCUCUCUCAAAUUUCAGUCGUACUGAUGGCUCUGACUUCCAACGGCCCAAUCCCCAACACCAGUUCGGGCAUGUACCCUCCCAGCUACGGCCCCAAUCUAGGCGCCACACCCACUUCUCAAAGCAUGUCAAAUAUGCCGGGCCGAUAUAAUUUCAACAACCAAUCCCCCGUGGGCGUAGACCUCGGAGAAUUCAUGAUCGAUUCCGACUUGGAUUUCCUAGGGAAGUUGUUUGAUUUGAACCGAAAUGUCGUGGAUGCGCAUGGUUUAGAUAGUGCCGAGCCAACGGAUGCGCAGAGGGGUUCUUUCAGUGUUGGAUAA